CUUUUAACUUGAUGAGAUUGCAUACAUUGCGCACUCCACGAAUUUGUGCCGUUUUCCUUCCUGUGAGCCAUCAGAAAGUAAUCAUGACGGAGUGGAAGUCUCCCUUGAAAGUAAUACUUAUCGGCAACUCUGGGGUGGGAAAGUCCUCCUUCAUGAACAGAUACGUGAACCACCGCUUCACUAAUAUGUAUCGAGCCACUAUUGGGACUGACUUUCUCACCAAAGAGCUGAGCAUCGGUGACUCCACAGUUGUUCUACAGAUCUGGGACACUGCAGGCACAGAGAGGUUCCAGUCUCUAGGUACACCCUUGUACCGGGGGUCUCACUGCUGCAUGCUAGUGUUUGAUGUCACCUCCAGGACUACUUUCUCUGCACUGGAGGUGUGGAGGAAAGAGUUCUUAGUUCAGGGCGAGCCCCCUGACCCUGCCAAUUUCCCAUUCAUUGUGCUUGGCAACAAGACUGACUUGGCAAAUAGAGAGGUGUCAAGCAAGCAAGCAUUGCAAUGGUGUGAAAAGAUAGGGGCACUGUAUUGUGAAGGAAGUGCUAAGGAGGACACUGAUGUGGAACAGACAUUUUUGAAAGCUGCAACAGCAGCAUUACAUCAGUACAAAAAACACACAUUGGAAAAUACAGGACAUUUCCAGGUAACCUGCAAACAGUUGGAAGAAACUCGCAACGACAAGUGUCAGUGCUAGGACCAGCACCUGCCCCAGUGUGGGAGGGCUCCAGGGAGUCCUCGGCACUGCUGAUGACCUACCUAGUAAGGGUGCAAAAGAAAAGUGACCCAAUAAAAGGUACUGUGGAAGAAAAGGACACAUUUUUAUACCACAUGGAAAUUAACAAACUUCUUUUUUUAAUUUUCUUUUUUAAGAUCCUUCAGCUUAUGGUCUAACUUAAGGCAUCACUACUAAAAUACAGUUUUGCAUGCAUGUCUAGUUUUGUUCAACAGACACACUGACACAUAUAAAAUAAUGAUUGUUUAUGAAAUAGGAUUUUUCAUUCUAGAAAUAUCUGGAAAACAGACUGAAACCAUAGUGUAAAUACUACAAUCUGGAGAAAGGCAGCAAGUUCUCCCAGGGCUCUGUUUUUAUCUCUGGCAACUUCCAUUUUGACAAAAGCCUUAUUUUGCCAUCUGAUGAUAUGCAGUCAUGUCCUCUCUAAGAUGGAUUUUAAGUCAUCAAUCCUGAAUACAUUAUACUCAGGAUUAAUAUACAUACAGUAUAUUUAAGUGUUGUAAUGGUUUCAAUGACAGUAGAGUUCAGACAUCCACAGCAAAUCAGAGUAUACAUAAUUGAUCAGGGAGACGGUAUAUAUUUAUGUUUCUUUUAUAAGUCAAGACACAAAAGGCAAUUGAGAGAUGACCAACAUGUAAAAACAUUUUCUUACAAGUAAUUAUAUAAAAAGGCCAAAAUGUUCUUGUGUAAUGAAGUAACUAAUUUACAAGUGAGACCAAACUCGACUAUGCUUCUCAUUUGCCCAUGACAUCCCAUUGAAAGAUUCUUUUCACCAUAGGAUUUGCACACCUGUUCCAAAAGUACAGGACCAUGAAAUAAUAAACUGAAUUAUUACUCAGUCUACCUGAACUCUACAGGGAGAGCGAUUCUACCAAUAUAAUCUUUUAUAUACUGACAUAACUUUAGGGGGCAGGGCAAGCCACUAAUUCAUGAGUCUAAAAAGAAUAGACACUAAUGAUUGGGAUACACUGCUAGAGGAAUAUAAGAUGUUGAUGUGAUACCAUUUUCAUUAUAUUCCCAUGUAUCUAGGUUUGGCAUACAUUAAGUGACAUAAGCAUUGGAAGUUGUAGUAAACGAAAGUAAAGGUUCCUCUCCCUGGGUCUAUUUAAAGUUCCCUUCAGUCCGAUAGCCUCUGCAUCCUAGUCAGAACAAAUACAAAAAGUUGUUCUUUUUCAUACUCUCCGAUAAAACAACAUACAACUGAUUGAACCAAGAUUUAAAAUACAGUGGCUACCUCAACUCUGCCACCCCUCCUCCCACAAACACUUAAAACUAUGGGGUUGAACAAGUGUAAAAAAAAACAAACCAAAAUGCACACUGACAUACACAUACACACAAGAAAAAGCUUUAAAAAUACAAAAAUAAACUACACAAAGAUCUUCAGCAUUCCUGCUAUUAGCAUUGCCUGCCAUUUUUGGGGAAGAUUUUGCAAGAUUUUUUGUGUGCUGCAAGUCUCAGUCCUAUCAAAGUCUGUCCUUUACAAAACUCAUCCUUCCUCAUUCCUCUGUCCACUUCCGGGCAUCUGCCAUCAGUCCUCCUCUCAGGGUAAAAGCGCACAGUGAUGUCAUUACCAGGAGUCCAGAAUGAUGUCUGUACAGGUUGGUUUCUUGAUGAAGCAAAUUUCUUCGGAGGGGGGAUUUGUCCCCUUUAUUGGAGGACAAGUGCUUUAUAUGUUUUCAAUGUUGAUUAUUCCUCCUACCUUAUCACACUUCAACUGUACAUCCUCUCCUGUCUGAGAACAUCCCCAAAAGAUGUAAAAAACUAAACAAUAGUAUCAAAGCUCAGGCAGGCACCUAGCUCACAAAGCCAAAAUUAUUCAUAUAUAUAUAUAUAUAAAGACAAAUUUGGGAGGACAAAAGAAAAAGCUAGAAUGUGCUUUUCAUUUGUUUUACUUUAAAAAUUGUAUGAACUACAAAAAGGA